GGCAGUUAGCAUCCCCACCUGCUCCGAGGGGCAUUGUUUCGGAGGGGAGUCGGUAGAGAACCAGGGUGGGUGAAGUGGGGCCGGGGAUGGGCAUGUGAGGGCUGGAAUGUAAAGGGGCUUGAGCAGCUCCAGGGCUCAGAGGAACACAGAAGGCGUAGCUGGCAAAUUGAGAGACCAGGUAUGCUGCCAGGCAGCCGAAUGACACCUCAGGGACCUUCCAUGGGACCCCCUGGCUAUGGGGGUAACCCUUCAGUCCGACCUGGCCUGGCCCAGUCAGGGAUGGACCAGUCCCGCAAGAGACCUGCGCCUCAGCAGAUCCAGCAGGUCCAGCAGCAGGCGGUCCAAAAUCGAAACCACAAUGCAAAGAAAAAGAAGAUGGCUGACAAAAUUCUACCUCAAAGGAUUCGUGAACUGGUACCAGAAUCCCAGGCCUAUAUGGAUCUCUUGGCUUUUGAAAGGAAAUUGGACCAGACUAUCAUGAGGAAACGGCUAGAUAUCCAGGAGGCCUUGAAACGUCCCAUCAAGCAAAAACGGAAGCUGCGAAUUUUCAUUUCUAACACUUUCAACCCGGCUAAGUCAGAUGCGGAGGAUGGGGAAGGGACGGUGGCUUCCUGGGAGCUUCGGGUAGAAGGACGGCUCCUGGAGGAUUCAGCCUUAUCCAAAUAUGAUGCCACUAAACAAAAGAGGAAGUUCUCUUCCUUUUUUAAGUCCUUGGUGAUCGAACUGGACAAAGACCUGUACGGGCCAGACAACCAUCUGGUAGAAUGGCACAGGACCGCCACUACCCAGGAGACCGAUGGCUUCCAGGUGAAGCGGCCAGGAGAUGUGAAUGUACGGUGUACUGUCCUGCUGAUGCUGGAUUACCAGCCUCCCCAGUUUAAAUUAGACCCUCGCCUGGCUCGACUCCUGGGCAUCCACACUCAGACUCGUCCAGUGAUCAUCCAAGCACUGUGGCAAUAUAUUAAAACACAUAAGCUCCAGGACCCUCAUGAGCGGGAAUUUGUUAUCUGUGACAAGUACCUCCAGCAGAUCUUUGAAUCUCAACGUAUGAAGUUUUCAGAAAUCCCUCAACGGCUGCAUGCCUUGCUUAUGCCACCAGAACCUAUCAUCAUUAAUCACGUCAUCAGUGUUGACCCAAAUGAUCAGAAAAAGACAGCUUGUUAUGACAUAGAUGUGGAAGUGGAUGACACCUUGAAGACACAGAUGAAUUCUUUUCUGCUGUCCACUGCCAGCCAACAGGAGAUUGCUACUUUAGACAACAAGAUCCACGAGACAAUAGAAACUAUCAACCAGCUGAAGACGCAGCGGGAGUUCAUGUUGAGCUUUGCCCGAGACCCUCAGGGUUUCAUCAAUGACUGGCUUCAGUCCCAGUGCCGGGACCUCAAGACAAUGACCGAUGUUGUGGGCAACCCAGAGGAGGAGCGCAGAGCUGAAUUCUACUUCCAGCCGUGGGCUCAGGAGGCCGUGUGUCGAUACUUCUAUUCCAAGGUGCAGCAGAGACGACAGGAAUUAGAGCAAGCCUUGGGAAUCCGAAAUACAUAGGCCUAUCCCACAGCCCUGCCUGGGCUGCACCGAUUCGUUAUCUGGGCCCUGUGCUGCCUGCCUCAUAGCACCUGCCUUGGUCUUGCUUGGGGCAUUCCAGGGGAUGCUGUUGGUUCAAGGACAACACCAGAAUGAAGAGGGUCGCACCUUCUGUCUCACAAGACACCUGUUGCCCUCUUCUCUCACCCCAUCCCUUCCCACCCCGGCUGCCCUUUGCCCCACAAAGUUCCCACGUGCCUGUCUCCUCCCCUGGUCUCUAUAGGACCUCUAGGUAGUGUUAGAGAGAGAACCUGUAGUGGUAAUCAGUGUUCGGAACAUACUGGGCUAAGGCCAGGUGAUCUUCAAGGGGGCCUGCUACAUUGGUCCCACCCUUCAGAGACCCAGGAAUUGGGAGCUUCUGCCCCUCCUCAAGACUCAGGCCUGGGACACUCUAUAAGCUAGUUGAUCGAGGCUUUCCGUAACAGAAUCCACUUUCCUUCCUUCCCUCCACAGGUUUGGAGCAAGCCCUCCCUUCACUUGUUGCCCUCUAGUGCUAAGGAGCCCUGGUUUUCAGGCUCUGCUGAGCCCUAGGUCAGUCCCCAGCCCUCCAGGCUGGCCUGCCAUCUCAGGCCCCUCUGACUCCUGGUCGGGGUCCAUGUCAGUAUUGGAGUUUGCUCUCUGUUGCUUCCUCCCAGCACACUCCCUUAUUCCCCCAUGCCUGCCCAAGCAGGGUGGGGAAAUCUUACUUUCCCUUCCAGGCCCCAGGGGACUAGCCUGGGGCACUGCCAUUGCCAGCAGAGGCUGUUCCUUCCUGCUGUCUCUUGGAGGUGUGACUCCUUCACUCCACCCUCCCCUCUCCCUUCAUGGAGAAGCAGGCCUAAAAGCAAACGGGUCAAAGCCCUGGGCCAUCCUGUCUUCCUGUCCCUUAUCUGCCCAGUUGACACUCUGGUGACUUCUAGGGCACUGAGGAGUGAAAGCGCCUAGGGCUGGAAAUGGCUGAGUUGGGUUUGUGACUCCUCCCUGCCUCAUGGGACUGACUGCCAGUCCCUGCCCUCAAAGCUUCAGACCCCUCAGGUAGCAGCAGGACCUUGUGAUCUCAGCCCCUAGGAACUGAGAUGGUUUUGCAUCUUUCCAGGAGAGCCUCAGAUUCUUCCAGGUUGUAUCCCCGAGUUGGCAUAUCCCAGGCUCGCAGACUCAACACAGCAGGGUGGGAGACAGCUGGGCAAAGAGGGGGAUUUCCGUUCAGCAUGGGCUGUAAACCUGCAGAACUGACAAAGCCCCUGCUUCCCCACCCCCUCCUCAGGCUCCUGCGAGCACACACCCCCCGGGCCCUUUAUCUCUGCCUGUUCUACACUGGGGACAGCAGAGUUUCUUCCCCAUCUCCCCUUCCUGUCAUUGUCCCUCCCUCAAAAGGUUCUCCCCAGAGUGACACUGGGCGACCUUGGGGCAGCUGAGCCCUGGCCCGCCUCCUGGCUGGAACCAUGAGAAGGAAGCUCAGCACUCCUACAGUGUCCCUGUUGAAGAUAACUGUUUUUAUUAACUGAACUACUAUUAUGUUUUUUUUCACGGACCAAAAUUUUUUUUGUACUGUUCCCUUAUGGUGUCACCCAGUUUUAAUAAAAGAAUCUUCUGAAGGAUGGGUCCCCUGCCUACUGUGCGGAGCUCUCCUCUGAGCUCUUCCUCCUUUGAUACCAUUA